AUGUGUGUGUGUGCGAUACCCUUUUUUGAAUUCUUUCUACCUUUUAUCCCUCACUAUGCCUUUCUUUUAUUUGUUUCGUCCGUUCGCUUUACUGUAAAUGAACGUUGUUACUACUUAGUGUGCGUGCUCAAGUUGAAUUGUGCUUUUUUUUUUAUGGUUAUGAUAUUUGAACUAAAACGAGUGUGUGUUUCGUAUUUAGACAGAUCCCGUAAAAUCCAAAUUGUUAGCUUUUUUCCUUUUAUCACUAUUAUUUUUUUCCACUCUUAA